ACAUGUAAAAUAACAGUAAACAAUAAUCUUUUAACCAAAACCAUUUCGCAAACUAAACCAAAAGAUAUAACCACAACAUAAAUACAUGAUCUUUUAGACUCUGGGGAGUUUCCUGUUCACGCCCCUGUGAGCGACCUAUCCAGGCACGCCUCCCCUCAGACUCCAUUUCCCACAAUGCCUCGGCGCUUGUCCUUGUCGGACCUCAGUGUGGCGGAGCUAACGUUCAGCGGUGACAGCAGCUGUUGGAGCAGCAUGGACGAUGCCAGUCCCCCGGAGUCUGUGUUGGGCCAACGAAUCUCCUACGUGUUUAGAAGAAGCAGCGUUUAACGACAGGAGACAUUGUUUUAUUUUUAUUUUUAAUGGCGACUCAGCUGAAUUUCUAGACUAAUAAUAACGUUAGUGUAGCGGGGAAGCUAACAGCUAGCUAACGUUACUUAACCUGGAAUUUGGCUCACUUAAGAACAAGAACCUGCUAACCAGUCUAUCUGGAAUAACUCUGGAUCUCUAAGCAGCAGGAAACCCCAGGUGUCUGAGCUGGUGUCAGACUGGGUGAGCUCUCAGUGCCUGGUGUCGCCGCCCGUCCUGUGGUUGAAUUCAUGAGCGCGCUCAGUGACAGCUGUGCGUAGUCCUCGGGAAUGGGGAAUGGAGUCCAGGAACAACGGGCAUCUCUUACACAAGGAGAAGUGCUGCCGCUGGCUUCCUCCAGUCAGUCAGAAGGCCUGAUGCACACUCGGACUAUCCUCAACUCGCUCUUCUCAGGGGCUUUAGCAGGAGCUUUGGCCAAGACCGCUGUCGCCCCAUUGGACAGGACUAAAAUCAUCUUCCAAGUGUCGUCAGCACGAUUCUCUGCCAAGGAGGCAUACAGGCUGAUAUACCGCACCUACCUAAAGGAUGGCUUCUUCAGUCUGUGGAGGGGGAACUCUGCCACCAUGGUGCGAGUCAUCCCAUACGCUGCCAUCCAGUUCUGUGCUCAUGAGCAGUACAAGAGGCAGCUGGGAAGCUACUAUGGCUUUCAGGGCAAAGUCCUGCCUCCGUUACCAAGGUUACUGGCCGGAUCUAUGGCUGGUACAACGGCGGCCAUGCUGACCUAUCCUCUGGACAUGGUGCGAGCUAGGAUGGCCGUAACACCAAAGGAAAUGUACAGUAAUAUCCUGCAUGUGUUUGUGCGGAUUUCUCGAGAAGAGGGCCUGAAGACGCUGUAUCGAGGUUUUGCACCCACCAUACUGGGUGUAGUUCCCUAUGCUGGCCUCAGCUUCUUUACCUAUGAGACACUGAAGAAGCUACAUGCUGAACGCAGCGGCCGCCCCUACCCCUACUCGUACGAGCGCCUGGCGUUUGGAGCCUGUGCGGGUCUCAUUGGCCAGUCGGCGUCUUACCCUCUGGAUGUGGUACGACGGCGCAUGCAGACUGCGGGAGUCACCGGUCACACAUAUGGCACCAUCCUGGGCACCAUGAGGGAGAUCGUGUCUGAGGAGGGGGUCAUCCGCGGACUCUACAAAGGUCUCAGCAUGAACUGGGUGAAGGGGCCUGUUGCAGUGGGGAUCAGCUUUACGACGUUUGACCUUACUCAGAUUCUCCUGAGGAAGCUGCAUCAGAUGGGCUACACGUCUCGAUAAUAGCAUAUCGACUGAUAUGAAAAGAAUUAUAGUGAUAAUGUUUUUUUCCAUAUCGCCCAGCCCGACGUGGUACUGUGUACCUGUACACACUGUUGUCGUGUACAUCUAAGUGCAAUAUGCUCAGUGAUUUUAUGUGUGUGGGUGCUGAUAGGUUAUUACGCUCUGUGCCCCUUGUGGACCAGGCCUGUGAGUGUAUUUAUCGAUCAGAGAGUUCAGAGGUACACACACACACACACACACACACACACACACACACACACACACACACACACACACACACACACACACACACUGAUAACUCAACUGCCUUGUGUGUCCGCUUCCAACCGACACCCUCAAAUGCAAUGCAGGCUGCCACUCAUUUCCUACUGACUUUUAACAUCCAUUUGGUUUGAUAAGAGUAAAUUGUGCCCUCUUGAGAUUUGUUUUGAUUUGUGUACAUUUGUUUUAUGGAAUUAUACCAAAGGUUAGGAUGUGAGCUAGCUUCAAGAUUAUAUGAUCUUAGUGAUGUUAGUGCAUAUGAGCAUAAAAGAGAUAAAACCUUGCCCAGCACAGAGGUAACAGCAUCUUUACUGCCAGGGCACAGUGAGUUAUGGUUUGAGUUGAAGUUGUUUAAAUCUCCGAGUCAAGUAUCUUUAAUGUAAAACUUUAAUGUGAAACUUAAUUUGCAGACUUUUAGUUGGAGUUAAGCUUCUGCACUGACAUCAGACAUCUAUAUUUAAUGCCAGUGCCAAAAGUUAUAACAUUUAAAAAGUGCCCUAUUAUUACCUCUGCCAAGAAAGUUAUGUUUUCAUCCCUCUCCGUUUGUUUAUUUGUUGGUUGGUUUCUUUGUUUGUUUGUUAGUAGCAGGAUUACACUAAAACUACUGAACUAAAGAACCAUUCAAUGUUGGUUUGAAUCCUGACAAAGAGGCGGAUCCAGGAACUGUUUUAAAUCACUUUCCUAAACAUUGCGAGAAAGGACUUUUGCUGACAUUUUCACCUUUUUUCCAGGGAAUACGACAUGGAUCUUGAUGGGGGGAAAAAAAAAUAUUUAGGGUGACUGAUAAAUGGAAAUCCAGAUUAAAAUGUAGUUUCAAAUGGGGGUAGGUUUUUUUCUGCCCCUGUAUGUUAAUACAUUUUGGCCAAAUGCUGACAAAGAGGCAGAUACAGGAAUUAUCCCUUGGCUGAGCUAUGUGCUUAACUGAGUGCCAUUCUAGUUUAGUUAGUUUUUAUUGAUCAUAUCAUAGACUUACAUUUUUUUUCAAAAGUGAUUGACAGUUUUGUUGUCUCACUUAUCAAUACAUGUUGCUCUGUUCAGUAUGUGAGCUAAGAAUAACUGACAUGCAGUCUGAAGUAAUGCACAUCAGACAGUUUGAUGGGUCAUUUUACAGACCUGUGAUCAGCAGUGAAGGAGGAACACGUGUACAGUCUAAUGUGAUCUGAUACAACUCCCCUGCAGAGAAUACAUAAAGUUUACAAUUUCUCAAUAUUGUUGUAGCACUGUAAGAGGUAUUUCUUCUAAUCCUUGGUGUUUGUUGAUAUUGUUUCAGAUUAAUUAACAGGUGAUAACAUUGGAGUUCCGUAUACCGUAUGCAAAUGUUGUCUGAAGCAUCUAUCGCUUGAUGAAUUUGCUGCCAUUUCAAGCUUGUUUUGUGUAAAUCUUGACAAGACACUGGUUCAGAUUUUAACUGGUCAUCGAAAUAAUAACUUGUGCUUUGUGUGGACUCGCAGUGUAGAUCGGUAUUUGCUACUGGACUGAAAACCUGACUGGAAAUAUGCACACACACAGUGAAGAGCAUAAGUAUAAUUCAGUACAUUUCAAUGUUCUCUUUAUUGUACACUUUGUUUUUUUGUGUGUACGUGAGUUUCAGCAGUAUUGAUGCCGGCCUCCAGUCAUUAGCAGUGUCAAUAGUUUCUAUACUUAGACCUUAACCACUGAGGCAGUGUGUUUGAGCCAAGUGGAGCAGAGGUCAGGACGUUUAAAGCAGAAAGUUUAUCUUUAAAACACUUAACAUUUAGUUUAAGAAAUAAAAAAAUCAAUACAUGAUAAAUACAAAAUAUGUUUAACUCUUAAAUAAAAUAUAAGAUCACUUUUAUUAUUCAUUAUUCCUAAAAGUCACCAGAGAAACUACCAUAAUAGUUAGUCCAGAGUAAUGCCUUAACAUUGCUAACCGCCAUACACAUACCUCAGAAUAUGAUCUUUUAAAAUACGUUUUGAAAAAAAUAUUUGUGUUUGCACAUAUUUAAUCAGCAAAUAUUGUGUUUUUUUUCCCCCCUUUUUAAAAAGUUGAAUCACCUUAAAGAUAUGUUUUAAAAAAUUGAAGCUGGUACCAGAAUGAUUCUUGCCAUGUCAAGUUUCUAAAACUAAUGUUGUGAAAAAUAGUCAGAAAUUAAAUAAUUAAUGCUUAAAAUCAGAAACUAUUUAACUUUUCAAACCAAGCAUUCAUCUUCCACCUUUAGUACUUAACAGUUUUCGAUACAUUCAUGUUAUAACAUUAGAAUUUCACACCCAUCUCUAUUCAGUAGCUCUGUUAACCCCCCCGUUCAUUAAACUCACAACCCUCCUCCAAAUGCGUCUGUCUGACCAGCUUCCUCUCAUCUCUGUUCAUUGAUGCUGUGAUUGUUUUCCUAAUUGACCAAUGAAUCAGGUUUAGGGGAAAUGUAGCGUUGAGGUGAUGUGUGACACUAACCAGACUGCAUCAGCAAACUUUAACGGAAGAGCAGUUGAUGCAAGUUUAGUCUUUUGUUAUCUUCAGUCGUUACCUUAGGUACCAGGAGGGAGACGGCUUGAAACCUUCACAUGUUUUGAACUGAUGUUUCCAAGCGUUGGAUGGAAAGUAUACAGUGACUGAAGCCGAGUGAAGGACAGUUACUGACACUUAAGUGCCUAGUAAGGAAUAGUAAUGUUUUUACUCUGACUGAGCUACUCCUACUAACCUUUCUGAAGGUUGCUUCCAUUUUCUGGCCUUAGGGUGUGAAAUUUCUCAAGUAUUAAAGAAGCAGCAGGUGGUUUGAUUGUUAGACGCCUGUGACUGAAUGUAAACUUCAGGUGUAGUUUUCGUAUGGGAAUUUUGUAAAACCUUAAAAAACUGCCUUGCGUAUGGGUGGGAUGCGCGAUUCUCGGCUCUGGGACUCGAGACAAUUUCAACCCUUUUGGAACUGAUUUGAGGAAUGAGGGAGGAUUUAAUGUCUAUUUGUACCUUGAUUUAUAUGGUAUGGCAUUAAGAGAAUUGUAUUGUUAACUCCCCACCUGUAAAUCCAAGGAGACAGGUAAACCCAUUGAUGAAAUAUACUAUUAUAGAUAGAUUCUAACUAACCUAGACAAUCAUUAAAUGCCAAAAAGUUUUACGUUUUGUAUUUGUUUCAAAAUAAAAGUAUGAUCUUUGUGAAGGACCUGACAGUGGCUUAAUGAGAUGAAAUACUGACACACUACGACGACAACAAACUGCCAACUUGUCAUUUUAUUUGCUCCGAUCAAAGAAAAUUGUUUGUACAAUGCAACUGUAUUGACAUGUUACAGCAGAUCAUCUUGUGUGUUUUUGAUCCAGUGCAGCAGUGAUAUAAUGACUGCCUUGUAAAUCCGAGUGGUUUGUGCCAACUGAAUGUUAAUGUACCUACUAAUACCACACCCUGUGUCCAGUCUGUAGUGUUCAUGGUCAAACUGUAGGAAAGUUUAGAAAUAUCAAAUUCUUAAAUAAAGUGGAUGUUGACAA